CUUUUCCCAUUUCCCAAUCGCCUUUCAUCUCCUUUUUUGGAACCCAUAGCAUAGAUUAACGCGCAUAAUUCGGAACAUAAAUUUCAUUCCCAAAUGUAACAUAUAAAGGAGAAAAAAAGGCUCAAAACCAUGGCGUCAAAUAUUUUGUUCGAAGAUCGCUUUGUGAUAAGCAGUGUAGAUAAUUCCAAGUUUGAGAAAGUCAGCAGAAUUAAGGCGAAAAGUACAGGGUAUGACGCGGAAUUAAUUCUUGAUGUCCAUUCGGAGUUGUUUAAAGUGGAGGAAAAGAAGGCUAUUUACCUGGCUCUACAAGACAAAAUAUUGAAUAAAAAUGAUGAUAAAAUAUGGGAACAGGGAGAAAAUAUUGCUCUGAAUAACAUUGAGUACAUUAUGAGUGGCAGGAUUUUUAAGUUCGAAGAGUUGUCCUCGGAGAGGAGGACCGUUUACGCUUCCUUCGGCGGACUCAUGAUGGCCCUGACAACUGACAAGCAGUUCAUCGGAGACCUCGAGAUUGACAUGAAAAUUUACCUGCUCACGAAAAAUGUGGACAUCGAAAGGGCAUAAAAAUGCUCAGCGAUCUCACGUUACCUGCGCAAAUAGGAGGAAGUACACCUAGAAGGAGAAAAUGAUGAAUCGUAACAAAAAAAGGAGGCGCAAUGAAUACGGAAAGAGGACUCUUUGGCAGCUUGUUCAUCCACGCCAGGUUCUUCAUGUGAAUUACUACUAACCCUUUUGGAGCCAAACUUUUUUUUCCCCUUCAUUUUUUCAGUUUUAAAAAAUCGACCAAGUUAUGCUUUGUCCGAUUUUAUUACUUUAAAUUCGGCCGACUCGGCCAUUUUAGU